AUUGAAAAUAUUGAAAAAAAGAAACCAAAAGAAGCAAAUAAGUCUAAAACGGUGCGUUGCGUUCGUCGUCCUCACCGGUGGUGGAUCUGAAUUCUGAAUUUUGAACCUUCGUUCGUCUCUGUACCUCUCUCUACUCCUCGAUUCGCAACCUCUUCAAUUCAUCUUUCUCAUCAAUUCACCUUCUUCUCGAGAUUCAAUUCCUCCACACAACAUGGUUCUCACAUCGUCUGCGCGCGAUUACUUCAACCGCAUCUUGCAGGACAUCUCCGGCAUGAAGGUUCUAAUCCUUGAUUCCCAAACGGUCAGUAUUGUGAGUGUUGUGUACUCACAGUCAGAACUUCUUCAGAAAGAAGUAUUUUUGGUAGAAUUGGUGGAUUCAAUUUCCAAGUCAAACGAACCAAUGUCGCAUCUCAAAGCCAUUUACUUCCUUCGACCUACAUCAGAGAAUAUUCAGUUUAUGCGCCGGCAGCUGGCUAGUCCUAGAUUUGGAGAGUAUCACCUUUUUUUCUCCAACAUAAUGAAGGACCAUCAUAUUCACUUACUUGCUGAUUCAGAUGAACAGGAAGUUGUCCAGCAAGUUCAGGAGUUCUAUGCAGACUUUGUUGCUAUUGAUCCUUAUCAUUUCACUUUCCACGUGCCUUCAAAUUACAUUUAUAUGCUCCCAGCUGUCAUAGACCCUUCAGCAUUGCAGCGUUUCAGUGAUCGGGUUGUUGAAGGUCUGGCUGCUGUUUUUUUGGCAUUAAAACGGAGACCUGUAAUUAGAUAUCAAAGAACAUCCGACAUUGCAAAAAGAAUAGCACAGGAAGCAGCUAAACUGAUGUACCAAGAGGAAAGUGGUCUUUUCGAUUUUAGACGAAUGGAAGUUUCUCCAUUGUUGUUGGUAAUUGACAGGAGGGAUGACCCUGUAACCCCGUUGCUAAAUCAAUGGACCUAUCAGGCUAUGGUUCAUGAAUUGAUAGGAAUCCAGGAUAACAAAGUGGACGUCAAAUCCAUUGGUAAAUUUCCGAAGGAUCAGGAGGAGGUUGUGCUGUCAUCAGAACAAGAUUCCUUUUUCAAAGCAAACAUGUAUGAGAAUUUUGGAGACAUUGGUAUGAAUAUCAAGCGAUUGGUUGAUGAGUUUCAACAAGUGGCAAAGAGCAAUCAGAACAUCCAAACAGUAGAGGACAUGGCCAAAUUUGUUGAUAACUACCCUGAGUACAGAAAAAUGCAUGGGAAUGUGACAAAACAUGUGACUCUGGUAACAGAAAUGAGCAAGAUAGUUGAAGAGCGAAAACUUAUGUUAGUUUCACAAACAGAACAGGAGUUGGCUUGCAAUGGAGGGCAAGGAGCUGCUUUUGAGGCAGUGACAAAUCUACUAAAUAAUGAAAGCAUAUCAGAUUUAGAUCGACUACGUUUGGUCAUGCUAUAUGCUUUGAGAUAUGAGAAGGACAGCCCUGUUCAAUUAAUGCAGCUUUUCAACAAACUGUCUUCCAGAUCUGCCAAAUACAAACCCGGGCUUGUCCAGUUUCUUUUGAAGCAAGCAGGUGUUGACAAGAGAACUGCUGAUCUUUACGGAAAUCGAGAUCUAAUGAAUAUUGCCCGUAACAUGGCACGUGGACUUAAGGGUGUUGAGAAUGUUUACACCCAGCAUCAGCCACUUCUGUUCCAAAUAAUGGAAAGCAUUGUCAAAGGGCGGUUGAGAGAUGUAGACUACCCAUUUUUUGGGAAUCACUUCCAACAAGGAAGGCCUCAGGAUGUAAUUAUCUUCAUUGUUGGUGGGACAACAUAUGAGGAGUCACGGUCUGUUGCUCUGCAAAAUGCCAGCAAUACAGGCGUUCGGUUUAUACUUGGCGGCUCUUCUGUUCUUAAUUCUAAAAGGUUUUUCAGGGACUUGGAAGAAGCUCAAAGGGUAGCUCGUUCUAGCACCUCUGUUGUUUGAACUUUGAACUAUAUCCUGGCAUAUUUUACAUCUUGAGGACCACAUAGAUAUAGUUUUUACAGCUUGAGGCUGCGAAUUUUAGUUUUUGGCCAAUGUAUAUGUAUAAAGAAAAAGUUGCUAAAGGAGCAUGAUGUUGGAAUAUAGACUCGGUAGUCAAUCCAUUCUUGAUCUAGAAGACAAUCACCAACCAUUGAUCAACUUAGGUGCUAUCGUCACCAUGCAGUUGAGUACGAUUUGAGAUUGAAGUAUGAGAAUUUCAAGAGUAAACUGCCUAUGACUAUCCCUCUCGUUCGCAGGAAAAAAACUCAAAGUAUAUCAGUACAAUGAAAGAAACCUUUUUUUUUUUUAAGCAAAAUGGAUUCAUCGUCGUUUGGCUGAUCUAGCGUUAGGUUUUAUUGGCACUUACUGGUGAAAGAACAAUUUUGUAAAAAAUGUCCCAUUCUUUUGUAUACUAAAUGACAUUCCAUUUGUAGAUUCACUGCUUUAUAAUUUCCAAGUUCAGAUCAUAAUCUGAAAUUUGAUUGAUGUUAUUUUAUGUAAUGUACACGAUUAUGGCAUUGUGUCUGAUGGAGAAUGUCUUGUAAAGAUGAGAACUAAUUUUUGAUA